UCAGUUUUACACGUUUUACAACAUAUUUUAUACCGCGUAAUAAAUUGUAAUUAAUUACGAAAAACAUCCAUCAUUAAAUGACGCGGGCUACGCGUAAAAAACGGUUUCUUCGCGUGAUGCAAUGACAGCACUGAUGACAGAUCGAUUAAAAAAAAUGAAUCUGUCGUGAUGAGUGUCGUGAGUUUAUUUGUAGGAGGAAAAGUGUAAUAAAAAUCCAUUUAAACUGUGAUAGAAUUGUAAAUAUUAUCGUAAAAAAAUGAACACGAGAUUGAGACAAGAUGUCAAAUCACUUUUUGAAUUUUGGUGUGAAAUUGCCCCCCAAUGGAAUAAUAACGUUGAGAAGAUCAGCAAUUGUGCACGUAUUAUUGAUUGCUAUCCUGAUGGAGCAUUGGACGACAAGGUCCUCAAUGAUAUAACACAAUUUGUGUUUCCCUAUCAAAUCAAGAGUACCAGCAAUCACGUCCAAAUCUACUCCUUCGUACUCACGGAUUCAGAUUCAAAGUGGAGCUUUGGAUUCUGCCGUCAUGAGCCAGACACCGAAGUGGCCACCGUGAUAUUCUCCUACCUACCCUGGCAUGAUGUUUUCCUUAGGCUAAUUAAUGUCUGUGUGGAGCUGAAGAGGCACAAUAGGGCGGAAUUUCGCACAUUCCUCCGUGACAUCCAUACGAAUGGCAUCCCUGACCCUGGGAGUACAGUUAAUUUCUCCUACGGCAAAGGAUCAUCUGUCUUCAUCCUUCGGACGCCCACACAUCUCGCACUCCCAAGCAUUCCCGAAAAUCAUAACUUGAAUAUGUACUACAACUUUGUGCACCCCGACAGCAUGAUUGAGAUCUUUGCGGCAAUGCUGACGGAACGGCGGAUUAUCUUUAUGUCGCGUCACCUUGACGUCCUCACAUCAUGCGUGCAGGCGGCGAAGAAUUUUAUCUACCCAAUGGUGUGGCAACAUCUCUUCAUCCCAAUUCUGCCACUCAAAUUGAAAGACUUCCUAAUGGCACCCAUGCCCUACUUAAUUGGUGUUGCAGAGGCUAUCUGGAAAAAUAUAAGACAAGAUGAACUAGGGGAGGUUGUGAUCUACAAUUGUGACACAAAAGUCUUCAUUUCAACGUGCAACGAUGUUAAAAGUCUUCCACAUGACAUGGUAUCGGGCCUAAGGAAGAAGCUGGAGAAGAAGAAUCUUCGUGGUGAUGAUCUGAGUAAAGCCUUUCUGGGGGUUAUUGUGCAACUUAUCGGGAACUACAGGGAUGCCGUGAAGUUCAGUCAAACGGCCCAGGGUAACAAAAUCACGUGGGAUGCUGAGGCCUUUAUUGAAUCACGGCACGUUUCACUACGACCGUGCCUCCGGAAGAUGCUUGAGCUGCAGAUUUUUCGACAAUUUAUCGAAGAGAAGCUGGAUGCCCUGAAUGAGGGUUCGGGGUAUUCGGAUGAAUUUGACUGGGAGACGGUGCGCUAUGCGGAAAAGUCCACAAAUAAGGCGCAACAGUACAAAGAUUUUCUCAAGAAUGUCAAGGAUAAGGUGAAGGGUGGCGGGAAGGGGGUGAAGAGUGUCUAUCAGAAUAUUAAGACAAAGUACCAUAUGACACAUCCGGCGCAAUUCUACCAGCACAAGACGCACAAUUCAACGGAAUCUGUGGAUUUUUCAGCAUAUGAGGCACUGUCAAUGUCACCGGGAUCACGGAGUCAAUCGAAUGCCUUUUCACCGAGCCUUACACGAUCCGAUAGUGACUAUUGCAAUCGAAAUAAGACAUCUAAUUCAUCAUCAUCAGCGUCAUCGUCGGACAUGAAUCUACUGCAGGAAUUGCAGGAUCAUGCCUUCUUCAAAGCAGCCAGUCCAGCUAAACGGCAAUCAUCGAGCGUGGAUUUGCUAAAUUUGGACGAUGACGACCCAGUUGUGAGUAGUAGAAAUCACAAAAGUCGUAACAAUGAUCUAGACUUCCUGCUGUCCACGAACAAUGAUACAGCUGCCCAAGAAACAACGUCCUCUGUGACGGGCUUCACAAAUCCCCUCUACCCGUAUUUCAUACCAAAUUCCUCCGAUGCCUCCAAACAACCAUCCCCUGGGCACAAGACAGAUGAGCUGGAGCUACUGCGGCAGUAUGGGCUAGAUAAGUUCUCGUAGAUCUACUAAGAAGUAUGAAUGAGAAAGGAAAGUAUAAAAAGACUCGCUUUUUUUUUGAAACACUUAUCGGAAAAAAUAUAAUUCUCCAAAAAUUCCUCCUGCAGUCACAUUACAACGUUUUUUUUUUUUUGAAGCUCAUUAUUUUUGUAAACAUAAUUACAUGUAUAAUUACAUAAAUAUGUAGUCCAAUGACAAAAAAUGCUUAAAAUUGGUCAUUAAUCAGCUAACAAGAAAAAAAAAACAGGUUCAAUAUUAAUAUCCAAAGAGAUGUGUAUACCGAUGGUUUUAUGUGGUGCUACUUUCAAUGAAUUUUCUCCCUCAGCUGGCUCAUAAAAAUUCUACUUUUUUUUUACACUUUAAUAGAAAGUUCUUUCCCUAAAAUUUCUGAGCCUCAAGGCUCGUAAGAUUCUUUUAAAAGAUUCAUAAAGUUUAAUUCAUCUUUGAGGUUUUUCUCCUUUUAUUCUUAUGAGAAUCAAUCACCUACAGAGCUUAACUUGCCUUACCUAUAUUUUAUUUUUGUGUUCUAUUUAUUUGAAUACUUUUAAUUCAUUUUACUCUUUCAACGUGUUAUUGCUCAAAUAUUGCGGGAAAAUUUAAUGAAUUUAAAAAUCCAAAGCAAGUUAAGGCUCUUCUACGAGACUCCGCCUGUUUUUUGUUUGUAAAUUCCCAACAUAAAGCAUCACAUAGAAAAAAAAAAGAUUCUCAAUAAAUAAAAAAAUUUUCUUUAGUAUUUGCUCCAUUUUUCAAAAGAUAAAAACAAUUUAAUGAACCAAAAAAUAUUUCCAUGUGCUCAUCUUUCCGCAAUAGGCGUGAUGAACAAAGCUUCGCUAAUUAAUUCCAAUCAAUUUUGGUUGGAGAGGUGUGAUAAGGCGCGUCUUGUUUAAACAACCAACUCCAUGUCGUUAUCAUUUUAUUUAUGAUUCGUUUUUUUUCCCAUAAAAAAAUCUAAUAUUGAUCCCAGUUUUGGACUAAAUUUGAUCCUUUAGUUUCAUUUUUUGUUAAUUAGAGUUGAUUCUGUCAGAAAUCUUUAAAUUUCUCAUUUUGCAAUUUGAGAUUUGUAAGAAUUUUAGUAUUCUGCGUAAAAUAUAUUAAGAUUUUGACAGCUUUUUCUGUUCUUUAAUCGUGUUAAAAAAAGGAAAUUGUUCUUCCAAAAAUCGUUUAGAAGCUUUCUAAAUGAUUUUUGGAAUGGAGAAAUAUUCUGUUUUUUUAUAAAGCACGACAAGAAAUUAAUUAAGAAUUGUAAAAAUCUUAAAAAAAAACUUUUAGUUAUUAAGGAAAAGAAAAGAUUUUUUACAGAAUCGACCCAAUUGGUAAAAAAUUUCUAAAAAUUUCAGCAAGAGCACUACAAAUUUCUUCUUUUUUUUCUUAAGUACACCCUUUUGUACAAAGAAAAUUUAAAUCUACACAUAAACUAAACAUAGAAUUUUAAACAAAAAAAAUACAAAAUAGGGUUUCACUAAUAAGUACAUAAAAAAGUUCAAAUUCAAAUGCAAAUUGAUCUGGUAUAGUAAUGGCAACUUGAGAACUACUAUAUUACUAAAUUAUUAUACUUGACUAUAGAAAUAUUUAUAAAUGACUUUUAACAAUACAAAGUCGAAGCUUUUUUUCUUUUGCUUCCUUGAAAAUUCUGUAAAAAAAAUCCUUAAAAUGAUAAACGUAAUUUUUUGUUCGUUCAAACUAUUCUUGCACUGAAACUCCGCCCUUAGAUAGCCCUUAGAAUCAACGAGCUCUCUGAUUGGUUUAAAAAUUCACAUAAAGCGUUACUCACUGUUUGAUUAAGCCUCAGUACAAGGUUAAUUUGAAUAGAGUACAGGUUCGGAAGAACUCAAAAUAAAUAUGGGAAUACGGGGGAAAGUGGUUCAAAAUCAAAAUUAAAUUGAACAAAGUAAUUUAAACGGUUUAUUAUGUCAAAAAUCUUUUCUUUUCUCACAACUAGAAAGUCUUUUGAACUUUAAAAAUUAUAAGAAAAUAAAAGAUUUUUAACAGAAACAACCCUAAAGAAUUCAAUUUUGUAAAAGGACUUUAUGCACAAAAUAUUGAAAAAAAUACUCAGAGAUUUAAUUUUUUUUUAAUUACAUUAAAUAACGACGCCAAAUUCAUUUAACUUUUAUAUAAGUUUUCUUGUAGAAAAAUCAUUUAAAUAUUUUUUUCUUUGCACCACAUUGCCCCACCCUCCCGUAUCUGUCUACCUACAUUUUCUCCUUUACCUGUAUCGAUUUCAGUAAGUUUAUUGGGCGACAUAAAACUAAUGCAAUUUGUGGUUUAUUGUUAUUAGUUAUUUCACCUAAUGGGCUAAACAACCAAACAAACCACAAACUGAAUUAUUUUUUCUUUUGAAAAACAAGAAAAAAUUAUCAAACUUCCGUAUAAGAAAAGCAAAAAAAAACUUUUGAAUCCUUUAAGUAAUAAAAUGCGUGUAUUAAAUUAUAUAUAUCCAGUAUUUUUUGUGCAAUUAUUUAGAAAGAAAAUAUUUGAUGCUAAAUAGAAAGGAAAUAAUUAAAGAAAAUCUCUUAUCUAAAUAUUUUAUCAGAAAAUAACAAACUUUCUUGUCAAUGUUUGCAAAACAAAAAAACCAUUCUAAAUGUAAUUUAUGGAUAUUUAUGAAUUUGUGUUUAAAUAUCGCCAAAAAAAAAGACAUAAUAAAUCCCGUACAAACUACAAAAAAAAAAGCUUUUUGAUUCAUUAACUUUUGGCGCCUCAUUUUGCGUCAAGUUGCUCAUUAAAAAAAAUUCCCAGAUUAGAUUAAAAAAACUAUGUUUAAAUAAAUCAUGACUAUCGCGAAACAUUUAGGAUAGAAAAUAUACAUAAAAAAUGGUGUAUAAAAUGUAUAUAAAUUUUACAUUCAUAUUUUAAUGAAUUAAGUCACCAUAAAACUCCUAUAUAUAGAUAGUUUCCUAAUUAAAAAAAAUUAUACAUAUUUAAAAAGGUUAAAAAAGACAUUAAUAAAGCAUUUCUCAGUCGCAAAA